AUGGCCGCGGUUUUCCAGUUGGGUCGCUGUUGUCGGUUGCACGCGCGGCUACGAGUGCAGCGCGUUGAGGCGUUACGCAGCGUUGCAGCGGAGGCCGAGGCACACCCGACCAGUGGAGCGCGAAUUGGCCCUGCAGCAAGUCCGCCGGGCUUGGCGCAGCGCAUCUCCGUGGGUUUUGGUGCCUUGAGCGUCGGAGUGGGCAGCGUGGCGGCAUUGGCCUGGUGGCAGCUCCCCCGUAUUCAAGCAGUGCUGCAUUCUGAGCCUGAGGAGGCACCCAGCUUGUGGGAGCGUUUGAUGGGUCCCAGUCACCCGGCCGAUCGCAUCUUCGACAAGGCCGAUGUGGAUCGGGAUGGUCACCUGGACAGACGAGAGCUGGCGCAGUACAUGAUGACUUGCGGCAUAAUGGACAUGAGCGGCUUUAAUGCUAUAUGGGAGGAGAUCAACACUGAAAGCUCGGACGCUAUUUCAAGAGAAGAGUUUCGGAGCUUCCACGACAAUGCCGAGCGAAACUUCUAUCUGAGCUUGUGGCGCUCAUUAGUCUCGGACCCGAGCUUCAUGGGCAGUGCUUUGUAUCUCAGUGGCUCUGUUCUCUUCGCCGCGAUGCCUUACUGGUCCUUGGCAAGUCCUGCGACGAUGACAAAGAUGGGGCAGGCGAUCCUGCCGGGGGCUGGACUAAACGACCCCUCUUGGAAUUUGGGUGUUAAGACCAUUGCUGGACAUCUUUUGGCUAUACAGGGCUUUGUGACACACCCAAAGGAACCAAAUGUUAGAACACUGCAUAUUUCUGACUGA